AGUAUUUGUAGAUACAGAACGCAGAAGCUAGCUAGCUAGCUAGGAAUCUCUAGGAUUGUAUAGUUGGUUGGAGCAUCAAAUGGCGUCUGCACCACAAGAAGAGAAGAAGGAGGAAAAAAUUCCUGGUCGAUUUUACAGUUGUGAGACAGUUCUAAAGUCGACGUGGGAGUGUGUAGUGCACGCUCUCUGGAGACGCUAUCCCAACCCUUACAGCAAACACGUCUUGUCGGAGGAUGUUGUCAGCAGGAGGUCAGAGAAGAACAUAUUGAGGAGCAAGAGGUUAUUAAGCAAGACGAACAAAGCACCCAAAUGGAUAGAGAAGUUCAUUGGAGGUGCUGGUCAGGCUGCAUUCGUCAUUGAAGAGUCGAUUGUGGACUCGUCCACUCGUACCUUCACAACACACACACGGAAUAUCAACUUUACCAAACUCCUUUCUAUUGAGGAGAAGUGUACCUACUACACAUGCCCCGAGGACAACAGCUGGACAUGCUGUAGGAAGCAGGCAUGGAUACGAUCCGGGCUGAUGGGUCUGUCACGAGCAGUGGAAAAGUUCGGGGUGGAGCGGUACAAAAAGAAUGCAAAGAAGGCUGAAGCUGGAUUGGUGACUGUGAUUGAGAGACUGUUUUACGUCCCCUCGUUCAGUGACACUCCCACCAAACCACGGCCACACAGUGUCUCCGCCCAUAACUGACUCUUGUUUGCAUGUAGCUAUAAUAUUAAAUAUGUGUUUGUAUUGAGUUGUUUGUAUAUCCGUUUGUGUGUUUCAUUAUGCAGUUCUGUUUCUGUGAAAA